AUGGGUGGCCGACAAAUACGGCCCGCCGGGGUCCUCAAGGCCGUCUCCCAGGAGCUCACGCACCAGAUGCUUCCCGGCCACGCCGCCGCCAUGCCGCCCUGGUUCGAGGUGAUGAGCUCGGUGCCGCCGGCCGAGUCGCUCGUCCGCACCGUCACGCCCCGGCUCCGCAAGGCCAACGCGAAGACGACGAAGCCGAAGAAGCUGUACCGGCCGCAGAGCAUCAGCUACCUCGAGGAUGCGCUGCGGACCAACUUUUACAAGGACCACCCGUGGGAGCUGGCGCGGCCACGCAUCGUGCUGGAGCUUGACGGCAAGGAUCACCAACACUGCGACUGGAGCCGAGGCCUGCGGCAACCGGGCGUGCCCCUGAGCGGCGAGUGCGUCGUCCAGCGCCAGCUGUACCUGAUGCAGACGGAGAGGUUGAGCAAGCGCAAGGCGUACGAUGCCGCCCGGCACGAGCUCUACAGGUUACGACAAGCCGAGGAGAUUGAAAAGCGCGUCGCCGUCGAGGAGGCCCGCCACGUGGGCGCCUACUUUGGCCUGUCGAGGCUCGACGUCGGCAUGCAGCUCGAGGACCAAGAGUUUGAGAACUGGAAGAUUUGGGCAGGAAAGGAGACGGCGAACCGCGAGGCGCGGGCGAGCGCCGAGAUUGAGACGUUUGGCCUCGAGGACGAGGCCGAGGCGACGGCGGGUGACGCGCCGACAGAGCCUCAACCGCCGGCGGGUGCGUAG